AUGGAGAUUUUGACGACAAGCAAAUCUGCCACAGCGGGGUCGCAAGCGGGAUCAGAUGCUGGAGGGGCGGCGCCCCUCAUCAAGGUUGAUACCACUGCCAAAGGAGAAGACAAUGCCUUGGGUGCCAGAGGAGAAAAAGGUGAUGCCUUGGGUGCCAGAGGAGAAAAAGGUGAUGCCUUGGGCACCAAAGAAGGCAAUGGUUUAGGGGCAAAGGGUGCAAGCAGCGGCGGCGCUAGGCUAGGUGGCACAAGGGACCCGUUGGGCGGCACCGAAGACAUGCUGGACAACUUCUGCGGCGAACUAAGCGACGGGUCUGGUCUUUGUAAUGGGUUAGAUGCUAGAGGUGGUGUUGCCCUCACAGUGGGUGACUUGGGGUGUGUCCCUAACACUGGAGAGUUGGGCUCCGUUGGGCAGUUGUCUAGCAUCUGCGGAGAACAAUGA